CCUUACCACCCUCCAGGCCCCUUGUCUCUCGUCUCUCGCCUCUCUCUCACCUUCCUAUCUUUCUAGCGCUAUCAGAAAACCAAUCCAUUACAAAAAAACCAAGAGGAGAAAAGAGAAAAACUGAGAAGAAAACAGAGCUCAUCAAUGGCGACUGGUGAAGAAGCACAAGGGAAAGCCCCACUUCUUGAACCUUCACAAGGAGCAGGAACUUCCUCUUCAUUACAAACCCUAGGAAACAUCGUGGUCUCCAUCGUUGGCACCGGAAUUCUCGGCCUUCCCUUUGCUUUCAAGGUUGCAGGUUGGCUGCCUGGUUCACUGGGGGUCGCCAUUGUUGGCCUCUCAAUGCACUACACCAUGAAUCUCCUGGUGAGAUGCAGAAGCAGGUUAGAGGCAGAUGGAUCCAUGGAUGUCCUUACUUUUGGAGACCUUGCUGAAAAAGCCUUAGGAAUGCCUGGUCGAUACCUAACUGAGACACUGGUUCUAAUUUCUCAGUCGGGUGGUUCUGUUGCUUAUCUAAUAUUCAUCGGCCAGAAUCUCUCCUCUUUGUUCAAAUUUUACAGUCUUGAUUUCUCUCUCUUCAUCUUCCUCUUGGUACCAAUAGAGAUCGCCCUCUCAUGGAUUCGUUCCCUCUCUUCCCUUGCUCCCUUCAGUGCAUUCGCUGACUUAUGCAAUGUUCUAGCCAUGGCCAUUGUAGUGAGAGAAGACCUCCAACUGUUCAGUGGCUUCUCAAACGCUAAAGCCAUAACAACACUCAAAGCCCUGCCUUUUGCUGGGGGAGUUGCAGUGUUUUGCUUUGAAGGAUUCAGCAUGACUUUAGCGUUGGAAGCUUCCAUGGUUCAGAGAGAGAAUUUCUAUAGGAUUCUCUCCCUGGCCUUCUCAGGCAUCACACUGGUUUAUAUAAUUUUUGGGUUCUUUGGAUACUUGGCUUAUGGUGACCAAACAAGAGAUAUAAUCACCCUUAAUCUCACUAAUAGUUGGUCAGCCAUGGCUGUUAAGAUUGGUUUAUGUGUUGGCCUUACUUUUACGUUCCCAAUUAUGAUGCACCCAAUACACGAGAUCCUCGAGAAGAAGAUGAGAGAGGUUGGGUGGGUUAAGAAGGUCUGUAAUGAUGUGGACAGGGGAGAGAGAAUUGGGGUUUAUAUGUUAAGGUCAGUUAUGGUGUUGGUCUUGGCCAUUAUAGCCUCUUUCGUUCCUGGUUUUGGGGCAUUUAUCUCUCUUGUUGGGAGCACAGUUUGUGCACUGCUAUCUUAUGUUCUUCCUUCUCUUUUUCACAUGAGAUUGUUGGGCUCUGAUUUGAGUUUGAGGAGAAAGGUUUUGGAUGGAUUUAUACUGGUUUUGGGGCUGGUUUUUGCUGGGUAUGGGACUCUCUCUGCUCUUUCAACAUCAUGAACAUUAACGACGGCUGAUAAUAUUGUUCAACAAAUUUUUUUUUGCUUUAAAGGUGCAAAUUAUAUACAUCAAUAACAGUUAUGUAUAUGUAGCCACUUUUUCUUAUCAUGAGGACUUUUUAUAGGGGCUGAUGUUCGUUA